UAAAUAAAAAGUUGUGGAAAUUGUAAAUUAUUCAAUUUUCUUAUUAGUAAAAAUUUGUAUAUAAACGUCUUAAAGGUUUCGAUAAUUUUCAAAUGAAACAAUGAAUUGUGAAACAAAGUUCCUUGGGUCACUCCUGUUGGUAGUGGCUAUUGCCACUUCUAAUUUUGGUCAAACUACUUUUAGGACAACACAACUCAAUACCAUCAUCUGCAAUGAAUCCCAAACUAAAGAAUUUAUUUCAAUUAUGAAUAUAACAAAUAUAACAAUAAAUGAAAUUCCUCGGGAUAAAAAUUUGGUGGUUUUAACUGACUCUACAGAUAUAUAUUCGACAUACAAAGAAAGAUUAAUUGAAGAAGAAGCAACGUUCAUACCAUUUUAUGGAACAAUAGACAUGCAAACAAUAUUUAGAAUAGCAGUUAUUUUCCAUUCAACAAAAGAAAAAAUUAAAUUUAUUAUUCAUGGCAAUAGUUCUGAAAAUGCUGCAAAUAUUUUUGAGAAUUUGGCCAAUUUUAUCGAUAUCUCUGAUUUAAAAGAUAAUAUUGCUGUUGCAUUGACGAUUCCUGAUGUUGAAGGUAACAUUAUGACCAACGAUGAAUAUAUAAAUCGAGUAGCAUAUUUUCAUGCUGUUUUUAAUAGUCUUACAUCUUCAAAUAAUUGGAUUAACCCACCAUUUAGAGCAAUUAUGAAUAAUUCACCAAAAUAUUUUCGUACUUUUUCUACAUGGGAAAUAAAUAAAAGGAAUAAAAUUACUAAAUUUACUUUUAGUCAAAAGAUUCAAAAGCAAUGCAAUUGUGCAAUGCAAUAUGUGAACCAACAAGUUUCCUUAGAUAUGAAAAAAGUUGUUGAAGAAUUAGAAAAUAAAAGUUAUGAACAAGAUACUGUGGCAACAAUGUAUAAUUGUCUCUGGUCUUUCGCAAGAUCGAAUCAUAAUAAUGUUAAUAAUUAUAUUCUAAAUUUUCGUAAAUGUUUCAAUGGUAUUCAAUUCCCAAAAACACAUGCUUUGGUACAAAAUGAAUAUUUAAUAAAAUUGAUAUUAUUUACUGAAUGUUUUCAAUUUCAAGAAGCUAGUGUCGCCUGGUCUGAGCCAUUAAGAAAUUUUCAGCUACAACGUUUAUUGGGAAACUUAAAAAAUUGGUACCCGAGAACUGAUAAUGGUUUGCUAAUUCGAAGAAAAGUAAAUCAGAGUUGUAAUGCUAUGAGAAAAGACUUCAAAUUGAAUGCGAGGGGAAAUUUUGUUAAACUAAGCGAUCUCGAUUUCAAGCAAUGUGAUAAAGAACCUAAAGUAAUUGAAAUAUUUGGAUUGGAAAAAGUUAUAAUUGAUAAGGAUAUGGAUUUUACUGGGAAGGAUGUUCAAAUGAUAAUCAUAGCACCCAUAUGGGAAGUAAUUUCGUCUUCGAAUAAUGGAACAAUUGAGCGUAGAUUAAUUAAUUUAAAUGGUAGAAAUGGAACGAAUUUUAAUAAAGAAAGAGCUGAUAAUGGCACUCGAGAUGGAAAUAGAAAUGGUGCUAAUGGCUUAGCUGGGAAACCAGGAGGACCUGCUGGAAGCCUUUACGGACUCACAAACAAAAUUAUAAAUGCAGAACAAUUAACUAUUUUGGCAAAUGGAGGAAGAGGAGGAAAUGGACAAAGUGGUGGACACGGGGCUGUCGGUGCCGAUGGAUUAUCUUAUAACGGAGCACCUGCAAUAGUUUGUGAUGAAAAACUUGAAGGAUGGCAGUACAAAUUGAGCGUAUAUGUAUUUAAUACUACCCCUCGCCUUGCAAAGAGUUACGUUUAUGAUAAAAUAUAUGGAAAGCCUGGAAAAGUUGGUGGAAGCGGAGGUAAUGGAGGUAUUGGCGGAAUGGGCGGGAAAUAUGGCCUUGUUAAUAUUUUCCAAUCUUCAAAUAAUAGAGAUAGUUUCGAAUUAUUUGCACAACCUGGUAAUAAAGGAUUAGAUGGUGAAGGUGGAAAAGCUGCUUUGGGUGGUAAAAAUGGAAAAAUUAUGACAACAAAUAUCCUUUGUCAUUUAUGGGGCAGCCUUAAUGACCUCACAGUGGUAUCAACUGACACUGGAAGCGCUAGUAUGGGUUUAGAGGGAAAAUCAGGCAUCAGUCUAAAGAGGAAAAUAGAUGCAGAGGAUUCACAUAGUGAGAAUAGUUUACGAAGUUCAUUGAUUAGAUACAAAAUUUUUAUUAGAACCCAUCUGGCAUAUUCAAACUUUACUAACAAACAAGAACUAUGGGAGUUUCAUGAUGAUUUAAAUAUAAAUAUGAAUAGCGAUAAUACAUUGAGUUUAGUUGAAGAUUAUAUAGGAUUAGAGAAACAAUUUUUUUCCUUAAAUGACAAAAUUAACUUUAUCAAAUUAUACCAACAAUUGAAAAAUCGAAUUGACAUGUUUGCCGAAAAUCCUUAUGAAGAAGAAAGUAAUGCAGAAUACAAAAAAAUUAUCAAAGAAUUAAAAAAUGAUGCCGAAAAACGUCUUAAAUCUGUGCGAUCAUAUCGUUCCUACUAUGAUGUUAUUUUGAACGUAAAUGAAGAAGCAGCUAAUUCUUUGAAGCCACUGAUAAUUCAAUUAAAAAAUUUUAGAACUAAUAACUAUAUUUUACGUCUUCUCAAACAACAUAUUUUUUCACUGGAAGAUACAAUGGCUGAUGGUGAAAGGUUAAUUAAAACUGUGGCAACAGAUGCUAUCUGGGAUACAGAAGACAUGUUAGAUCAAGAAUUAAAUUCUUUACUUACAGAAAUUUUAGAGAUGGAGAAGGAAGCAUUAACUAAUCAAGAUGAACUGAAGAAAAGUCGUGAGAAAUUAGAACAAAUUAUGAUGCUCAAAAUAUUGUUUGGAAUUUUGAAAGUUGCUGGCGGAGCAUUAGGAAUUAUUAAUCCUGUUUUAGGAACAGCAGCUGCAUCUGCUAUUGGAGUUGUUGAAGCAUUUACAACUGAUGGAAGCGAAGCACAAGUAGCUGCCUUACCAAAAGCUCUCGAGAAUGUGGCUAAAGAGUCCGAAAGUUAUUUUAAAGACAUGGAGAAAGAACAAGAGAAGAUUAUUGAAGAACAGAGAAAAUUUGUGAAUAAAAAAAUUAAGGAAACCAGAUAUGGUGCUGCUGUUAUCACUGAUGUUUGGGACUCAUCAAGUAAAUAUAGAAGCAUUGGUGAUGGAACACAAAAUCAAAAAUUAAAAAAUUCUGGAUACGUUAUGAUGGAAGUCUACGCUAGUAAAGAAACUGAAUUAACAAUAAAAUUAGAUAAGCUACAAAAAUCAGGACAAGAGAAGAAUAUAAAUAAAAUAAAAGCUGUUGAAAGUGGAUUAGCAGUAGCUAAAUAUUUAAAAGCAACAUCUGUUGCUUUUACAGCUAUAUCCGAAAGUGCUAUUAGUAUUAUGAAAGAUGAGAAAAAAGUUAAUGAAAUUGAUGCAGCACUGAAAAAAAGUCAUGUUAUUUGGCAAAGACUCAAUUUAUUAGAGAACAAUAUUUAUGACAAAAUUAAUCCACUGCUUACUAACAUGAAAACCAAUUUAGAUAGUGUGAAGAGUGAUUUGGAAAAUAUGAAUGAAUUUCAACAAGAAAUUGCAAAAUGGAAUGUUACAGGCACCAUUAAGGGGAUACAGCGUAUUUUAAAUAAUGUGACAAAAAAUUUUAAAGUAAAUGAAAAAAUGAAUUUUGCGUUCGAUAAACUCAUUGCAGAUUUUGACUCACUUUUUAAUUUACACACAUUAUUGUUGGAUAGCAAGAAGGAAAAAUCAGAUAAAUUUUAUCUUACUAAUCUUCUCAUUGCACAUUCUAAUCAUGGUAAUAAUUUAUUAAUUAGUGAUUCUGAAUUGCGAAAUGCAAUAUCAGAAUUGCAGAUUCUUAGAAUAACGAAUCAAUUAGCUGAAAAAUAUGAUAAAUGGCUUUUUGCGUUGAAACAGUAUGCUUUCCCUUAUAGUGGAGAAAUACUUGAUUCAUUACCCGAUUUGAGUGAAUUUAGAAACGAAAGUAUGACUAAUUUUGGAGAUUUUAUAAUUAAAAAUAAAGAUUUUAUAAUAGCAAAUUCUGCAUUUGCUAAAACUACAGAUAAUAAAAUGACAACAGUUUUCAGAGGUUCUAACUUUCCAUAUGACAUAUCAAGAUUUUCUUUCUACAUUUGGAAAAAUGAUGAGAAUAAACAAGAGUUAAAAGAUAUUUUAAAUGGUGUGAAAACAACUUUGGUUGCAGAUAUCAAUAACUUUAAUUUGACUUACGAUAGCGUAAAGUUUAAUCGUAUUAAAAUAUUAUUUACUGCUAAUAAUGGAAAUAUGCAAGAGGAAUUAAAUGAAGAGCUGAAGAAUUUUGAUGUAAAGCUCACGCAUCAUGGGGAUUCAAAGUAUAGAUAUGGUAAUUCCAUUUAUGAUAUUAGAAAUAAUCCAACACUUUUUUGGUUCGCUUACGCGGCAAACAAUAAUGAACGGGAAUCACAACUUGUUUCGAGAUUCGCUAAUGCUCCCUACAUGUUAAGUCCAUAUGCAACAUGGUCUAUUGAACUUUCGCCAAUACAUCCAUCGCGUAACUUUACAUUUUUACAGAAAUUCGCUGACAUUGUUAGUCUAGAACUUAUAGGAAAUGCUGAAUAUUUGAAAAAUUCUACAUGUGACUCAACAUGUGAAGUAAAAAUGAAAAAAUUUUAUACACUUGCAACUGAUUUAGCAAAAAAUUAAUAAUUUACAUAUUUGUGAAGUUUUAUUGUAAUUAAAAAAAAAUUAUAUUUACCUUCUAAAUAAUCUUAACAAGAAAAAUCUAGUUUAGUGUUAGAUAUGUAACAACAAUUAAAUCUUGUUUUAAUUUUAUAUCAUAAUCUUGGAAAACCUGAUUUUAAUAUAAGGAUUUCCGAAAUUUUUAACUCAAAAUUCAAUUCUAAUAAUGUCAAUUUUUUAUAUGACUUACUCGUUUACGUCAUAGUCGUUAAAUAAUAAUUAUUGUAUUUACA